CCCAAAUAAUCUGCAAACAUAUUUUCACACAGUCUCGACCUCGAUUGUACACUCGCACCGUUGGCCUAAACCCCGGCACCAACCCGCCCCCCCUUCCCCCAAACAUGCCGCGACCUGCCACGACGGGCUACGAGCGCCUUGCGCAAGCCGACCUCUCGGACGACUCGGAUGACGACCCUCUCGCCACCAGCUAUGCCUCGCUGCAACACCCGACCGCUCCGCGUUAUGUCUCGGCCGACCAGCGACGCUCGCACUCGGGCAUGGCAACCCCGAAAUACUCCAUCUCGUCCGGGCCGGGCAUCCACGAUCCCUCACGGUCCGGCGGCCGCCACCGCCGACGCGGUCGGAGGAACUCGGGUGUCGAUCUCAAGGCCAUCAAUGCGCGUCUCGAGCGGUGGGCCGACGAGAUUGCGUCCAAAUUCAAGCGAAGCCGCGGGAAGAAGAAGGGCGAGGAGGAGCAUCUCGAGAUCCACCACUCAGUCUUCCAACCUCCCGAGGGCGUCCGUCCAGUUACGGCUGAGAUGCUGGCCGUGCCCGAGCCAGGUUACAUGACCAAAGCCGAAUUCGACGCCAUCGUCGACAGCGUCAGGUCAGCCAUACGCCAGGGCGUGCACCCCCGCAUGAUAUCCCAGGGGAGCUCGGGCAGCUACUUUGCCAGGAACCCUGACGGAAAGGUGGUGGGCGUCUUCAAGCCCAAAGACGAGGAACCCUAUGCCGCGGGAAAUCCGAAAUGGAACAAGUGGAUUCACCGGAACUUGUUCCCGUGCUUCUUCGGCAGAGCUUGCCUGAUCCCCAACCUGUCCUACGUCAGCGAAGCCGCAGCUUACGUUCUCGACGCGCAGCUGCGAACCCACAUUGUCCCGUACACAGACGUUGUCUACCUCUCGUCCAAAUCGUUCCACUACCCGUUCUGGGAUCGAUAUGCCUACUCGAGGAAGAGGAAGCCCUUGCCUGCUAAGCCGGGUAGUUUCCAGGUCUUCUUGAAGGGAUAUAAGGAUGCAAACGUCUUUCUGCGAGAGCACCCAUGGCCGGACCAGUAUCUCUCCGGGUUCCGGACGACGGAUCCCCACAGGAAGCGGAAGAGGCGAUGGGCCGACAGCUGCCGCCCGAGCAGCGCGCCGCACGAUGACGUCGAUAGCGAGGACGGCGACGACAUCCCGAGGUCGCAAACACCAGGCCCCGGCAAUUUUGUUUGGACCCCCACCCUGAAACAGGCGUUCAGGGAAGAGCUGGAAAAGCUCGUCAUCCUGGACUACAUCAUGCGGAAUACGGAUAGAGGACUGGACAACUGGAUGAUCAAGGUUGACUGGGAGACCGAGCAGGUCUCGGUAGCAUCAGAGCCGAUCCGCCUCAACAUGGAUCCCUCGGAUCCAGAACCUGGACCGAGGCCAGUUGACCUGGCGCAAAGAGGGCCUCCCAGAACGCGGGCAUCGUAUCCUUACCGGCCCGAGAGGCCCAUGGACGCGUCCACACCCGUGUCAACCGCGCCAGAACCCCGCAUCACGAUAGGGGCUAUCGACAAUUCACUGUCGUGGCCCUGGAAGCACCCCGAUGCUUGGCGAAGCUUCCCUUUCGGCUGGCUCUUCCUUCCAGUCGACCUUAUCGGCAGGCCCUUCUCUCAGAAGACCCGAGACCAUUUCCUUCCCCUCCUCACGUCGACGCACUGGUGGAGCCAGACACAGCAUGCCCUGCGCCGCGUCUUUGAGAUGGAUAACGACUUCCAAGAGCGUAUGUUUGCCCGCCAAAUGGCCGUCAUGAAGGGACAAGCCUGGAACGUUGUCGAGACGCUCAAGACACCCGACCACGGGCCCCUCGAGCUCACCCGCCGCCCCAAGGUUUGCGUCUGGGACGACCUCGUCGAAGUCCCCGUUGCUGUGCCCAUGCGCGCGGCAAGCGCCGAGAUGCGUCGCCGCGCCAACGCCGAAUUGGACCCUGCAGCCCAGGCGGCGGCGGCCGGUUCCCGCGCCAAAGCCAGCAACGACAUCCUCGCUGAAGAGGAGAUGGACAUUGGCGCCGCCAACACCUCGCCCAGCGCCCAAGCUGUGUCUGCUCCCCCAACCUCUACCGCAGGUCCCGCCGUCGAUCUCCUCGGCCUCGCCAGUCCGCCCGCCGACUUGCCACACCCGGGCAGGUUCGAGCUGGCUCUCCAGGACGACCCUCUUUCGCCGGGUGCGCCAGGAAGUAAUAAUGUCGACAGCAACAACAACAACAACAACAACACCGGCACUCACGCUCACGCCAACGGGAACCCAUCCCGCCCGCAAUUUUCGCGCGCCGCGCAUUCCCUCAAGUCCCUGAACGUCUACUCACCCGACCGUGGUGCCGCCAAGGGGGAGACCAGCUCACUUGCCGCGCAGUUCUACAAUAACUCCAGCCGGGCUGCCGGAGGCAGCGGCAGCAACGGCGGGCGGCGUAGCGGUAGUCUGGACUAUAGCCGCGGCCGCGGCGGCUCUGGCUAUGGCUACGGUGGCCAAGGGCGCCGGGGACGCGGUGGUGGAGCAAACGAGGCGGAAGACGAGGGCGACGAUGUCGAACAGGACCAGGAAUUGGAGGGCGGGGACCUGGGAUACGCGGCGGCCACGGGCAUGGAGGGGAAUCGGCGCAAGGUGAUUGUGGAGCGGCUGGAGAUGGUCAAGGGGCGAAAUCCGGUGUUUACGUGGUGUUGAGCUCAUCAGCAUGGAGUGGUUUUGUGUUUUGUUCCUGUUUUUUUUUUUCCCUCCCUCUUUUGGCCGGGUGUUGGCGAGAACGGUGUCAAUCAAGGUUGGGAUGGGGAUGGAUGCCGGCCGUGUAUUGGGUAAGAGGCUGGCGAGCAAGAGGAAGAGGUCAUGCGCGAGGAGCGGUCCCGUCGCUUCGCUCUGUUUUGACUUAGAUGGGUGUAUCCAAGGGCCGCGGUUGUGGCGGCUAGGCACACACACACAGUGUUCUUCUAAUUCUGUCUAUCGGCGUCCGGGAUGGCAAGAAGGGCUAAGAAGGUAUGUUACGGGAUACACGGUAUAGAAAAUAAAGCAUGUUCAAACGGGGUUGUUCUCGCUAGCUUCUACCUUGUCUUCCAUGUCUCUUGGGCACUUCACUAAGGUUGCAAGAAAGUGUCGCCAAGUAUGCGCACACCUGGCAGGCAAGGAGGGUUUUGUUAUGGAUAAAUAGGGGGGCCUAAUAGAUUGGGGCUGCAGGGGAGAUUAGGAGGGGUAAAGGAGGAGGUAGUAAAUAC